CCCAUUCUAAUUCUCCUUCACACCCCCCUUUCGCGGCGAUGGCUUCCAAAUUUUUCCCCGCCCUUCCUCGGGCUGGUCGCCAGUUCACUCGCCAGAUCUCUCGGCCCCAAUUCAGACCCUUUUCCGCGGCUCCGCAACGGUUGAGCGACACCCUUCAUGUGCACCGCAACACCCCCGAGAACAACCCGUCCAUUCCCUUCAAGUUCUCCGAACAGAACCAACAGCUCAUCGAGGAAAUCAUCGCCCGGUACCCCCCUCAAUACAAGAAGGCAGCCGUCAUGCCUUUGCUGGAUCUCGGCCAGCGUCAACACGGCUUCACAAGCAUCAGCGUCAUGAAUGAGGUCGCUCGCAUCCUUGAGAUGCCCCCGAUGCGCGUCUACGAAGUCGCAACCUUCUACACAAUGUACAACCGUGAGCCGGUUGGCAAAUACUUUGUUCAGCUUUGCACGACGACACCAUGCCAACUCGGCGGCUGCGGAAGCGACAAGAUCGUCAAGGCCAUCACAGAACACCUCGGUAUCACCCCAGGCCACACAACCGAAGAUGGCCUGUUCACAUUCAUCGAGGUUGAAUGUCUCGGUGCCUGCGUCAACGCUCCUAUGGUCCAGAUCAACGACGACUACUACGAAGACCUGACCCCCGAGUCCAUCAAGGAGCUUCUCACUGCGCUCAAAGAAUCCGCUACCGCCACCUCCGGCCAGGUUAAGAUCCCUGCUCCAGGCCCUCUAUCCGGCAGAAUCAGCUGCGAGAACAGCGCUGGUCUCACGAAUUUGCACAACCCCGUGUGGGAUCCCGAGACGAUGAUGAGGAAGGACGGUGCCCUGGACGGGGAGGCGCAGCAGGCGCAAUAA